CUGCCGAAGGUCCCGCGUUAAACCUUCCCACGAACUUUUUGAAAACUUUUGCUCUUUCCUCAGCCUCGCGCCCACGUGGUUACGGCGGGGCGGUCGCAUUCGCUACUGGCCAGACGUCUAAUUUUGCAUGAAGUAAAUUGGCUGGCUGGGGGAGCCGCUUCACUUCGGAGCCCUUCGCUGACUGAACCUGGAUGCUCCGUGUUAGAACUGCCCUUUGAGCAGCGGUGUAGACUGAGCUGCUGAGCGAGCGUAAAGUUUGCAAACCCCUCUGAGGAACUAAAGCUGCAAUCAAGAAAACCCAACCACCAAGACCUUUUAAUAUCGGAUAUCGAUCGGCGCAGCUUGGACUCACGCGUAUCCCACUUCAAGUCGCUUUCAACUUUCUAAUACUUAGUAAAAGUUGUCUGCACAAGUGAAGGGAAGGCAAUCUGGAGCGCCGAGACAGCUGCCGGUAUGGAUAACGUGGAAAAGCCCAGCAAAGUGUCACCCAAAGCUGGCAUUUUCAGGUGUUUGGUGGCACUGCCAACGCUCUUGUGCCUCUCGCUAUCAUUCAGUUCGGUGGUGUUUUGCUUUUUGGUGAGCUUUAAAACGUCUCAGCUAGAAGAACGAGUUAAAGUUUUGGAGCAAACAAGAGCGCCAACCUUGAAGGACAACAUUUUGGCUCAGGAUGUAACAUUGUUACCUGCUUUACGGGACCUGAUCGAAGACGUUCUGGAAAAGCGAUUAAGUAAGGAGAUGCCGAAGCAGCGGACAGUCAGGGACGCCCCUCUGGAGUGCUCCUGCCCUCCGGGUAUGUGA